UAUGUCCACCACAUCACCACCGCACAACCGCAGCCGAAGUGAAGAUGAGGACGACCCAAUCGACCUCAUGAUCUCACGCACUGGUUGUGGCGAGCUUCACUAUGCUGUCCAGGAAUGCAUGGCGGAGCACCAGGACUGGCGCAAGUGCCAAAGUCAAGUCCAGACGUUCAAAGACUGCAUGACAAGCUUUCAAAACUCAAGGAAAGAACUGCUCAAUAAGCAACAGCACGACUCCGCCAAGUCGGAACAUAACUGAACAUUAACCAUGUGGCUAAUUAAUGCAAAUUAUGUAAAUUCAUCUAGUGUAUCUUGUAAAUUCAUAAAUAUAUUGUUUUCCCGAG